AUGGACCAGGGCCAUCGCGAAUACAUCCUUGAGGUAUUCGCAGACCAAACAUUUUCUCUUCCCGUCACACUCCCUUCAAUUCUCGAGCCGCCCGAAAUCUCAACGGCAAUCGACUCUCACGCAGACUUGCUCAUCUCUCAGUUGACACCGCAAUUCUCAGCGACAAGCCCAUCAGCAGCCGCAGGUGGUUCUCGCGGCGAGAUCGUAGUGCGAUUUUACGAUCGCAAACGGAGGAAAACAGGAAUCACGACGGGCUGGUUGGGCCGGUUAGGAGGCGGAGGACAAACAGAGGAGGAAGUAUGUUGGGAGGAGUGGUGUGUACAGGUCAUUGUCGCAAGACCUAGAAGUGAAGCGGACCGCAUCAAAGUCCGCCGUGCUAUGGAAUCUUCCUUACAGAAGACGGCGAUGAAGAUCGUCGCAAUAGUGAACAGAGACAAGGAUCACAUUCCUCCCAUUACCACGAGUGAUCAGAACCCAUUUCCGUACAGGAUAUUUGUCAAUCCCAAGCAACAGGAAAGUGUGGAGAGGGGGUUUGUGGGAGGAUGGAGUUAA